GCUUGACUGCCAAUCUUCGCUCUGCUCGAUGAACUUAUUUUGUUCUGCGUGUAAUUGUUAUUGCUGCCAUUCUGUCUUGUAGCACUCCGUUCGAAAGUCCCUCAUUCACCUCGCUUACAUACAAUCAUUCAGUAGUACAGCAAUACCGCUUUUCAGCGAUUGCGUUUGCAUUGUCCAAGCCUGCCACCUCCUGCUACCACCGCCGCUUCUAUUUGGCCACCAUCGCCACCGUACCGGCUGCGCGAUGGACACAGCCUAUCAUUUCCGAGACUCGUAUUCCAGCGCUGGCAGCUACGGCCGGCAGUCGCCCUCUUCCGACCCUCGAGCGUCAUUGGCCUCCAGUCUUACCUCCUUCACGGAGCAAUUGAGCAUAGCGUCCAAUCCAAGUCGCUCAUCCUCAGUCGCGAGCAGUAGGCGAACUCAUCAUGAGUAUCUCUGUGAACACUGCGGUAGGGGAAUGGGAAGGUCGACCACAGCCGCAUACACCGAACACCUGACGACAUGCACCUGUCUGGGCCGAGGCUUGCUUGCCUAUGAGUGCUCUGUCUGCUUCAGAUUGUUGCCAAAUCAUCGGCAGGCUAUACUUCACAACCAAAAUGCUCAUAAUAGCUCCGCUCCGUACCUCAAGCUCGACUUACCUGGCAAGCGGCGCUUUGCCAGCUGCUUUAACAACAACAUCUUUGACAGCUUCGACAA